AGAAGAGCAACGAGGAGUAUAACAGGGAAGGGGCAGACGGAGAGGAGUCACUUCCUGGAGACUUCAGAUGUGGUAGCCGGCGCCUCGCCCAUAAGCAGACAGGGAUCUGAAGCUGGCAGGAUGAAUGUGGGGGUGGCACACAGCGAAGUAAACCCCAACACUCGAGUGAUGAAUAGCCGAGGCAUCUGGCUGGCCUACGUCAUCUUGGUAGGACUGCUACAUAUGGUUCUACUCAGCAUCCCUUUCUUCAGCAUUCCUGUUGUCUGGACCCUGACCAACGUCAUCCACAACCUGGCUAUGUAUAUCUUCCUUCAUACGGUGAAAGGGACACCCUUUGAGACUCCUGACCAAGGAAAGGCUCGGCUACUGACACACUGGGAACAAAUGGACUAUGGGCUCCAGUUUACCUCUUCUCGCAAGUUCCUGAGCAUCUCUCCUAUUGUGCUCUAUCUCCUGGCCAGCUUCUAUACCAAGUAUGAUGCUGCACACUUCCUCAUCAACACAGCCUCAUUGCUCAGUGUACUGCUGCCAAAGUUGCCCCAGUUCCAUGGGGUUCGUGUCUUCGGCAUCAAUAAAUACUGAGGGAUGGGUUUUGGGACAGCUCCAUGGGCAUGGGGAAGGCACUGAAACAGAGGAGUAUAAAAAAAAUCUUUCUCUUCUCCAUA